CAAAAGUUGGGCCAGGAUUAUUCAAAGAAAUUACAGCUUUACUACUCCACCAUGGCUACUGACAAUACUGGCAUCAGAAGCAAUCGCAGCAGUGGAGAUUUCUCCAUGAACAUUUUUUCCAUGGGUCCUUACCCACCUAAUAGAUAUGAUACCGAAGUAACAGACAGAGACAAGGCAGGAGCCACUUUGAUAUUCUCUGGUGUCUUUCUGAGUUUAGUUGGAAUAACUUUCACUAUUAUGGGAUGGAUCAGAUACGAUGCUGUUUCACAUUUUGAGUGGACGCAACUGCUGGGUCCCAUCCUGCUCUCAGUGGGAGUAACCUUUGUAUUUAUUGCUGUGUGUAGAUUUCGGAUGUUGACCUGCAAGUUUUGCAAGGAGAGUGAGGACAGAGUCUCUGAGGCCGAUCAAACACCUUAUGGACAGUCCUUUGUCUUUACAGGCAUUAAUCAACCAAUCACAUUCCAUGGGGCUACUUUGGUACAAUACAUACCCACUACAGCUGCCAGUCUAGCACAAGAGGGCAUUACUCUGAGCCCAGCGUGCCUCCCAUCACAAAAUGUUAGUCAACGAAAUGGAUCGGUAGGGACUAUUGUGUGCCCCCCACAAUACUGUGCAAUAUAUGCUCUGGAUAACCCUGCCUUUCUGGGUGAUGAAAACUGUUUCUCAUAUCAGGCCUCCACCACUGAUGAUACCAGGAAUGAAGAAACCAAUGAUGAAACCGAAGAAGAAUGUGAUGGAAGAGUCCUUCCGGAUGAAGCAGCUGACAACACUCCUCCUCCUGCUUAUGAUGACAUAUUCCCUGCUUCUCUCUCAACUGACAGCACCACAUGA